AGCUUAGUGACUUCGAUAAAGUAAGUUAAAAAGCAAGGAAAAGAAUUCAUCAAAUCUUAGUGCACGGCAAUCGAUCUAUUUUCAAUUUCACACAGAGGGACGAGGGCUGAGUGGGCAAUAGAACACCUAUCUUAGCUCGCAAGAUGGACGCGUUUCAGCAGCAGCUUCUAAAGUUGGCAGAGGAAAAUGAAAAAGGGAAAAAUAACAAGGAGCAAGCUGCCACUAGUACUGCUACAACGGCCUCCUCUUCGAAAACCAGCACAAGCGUAGUAGCUCCUGCUGCUGCCAGCAAGCAGGACCAGGAACACGCUGAAGCUACUGCCUCGAAAGACGCGGCGGCUAAGGCCCUGGGGCUGCCAACAGCAUCGCAAAUGCAACAGGAAGCGGAGCUGGAAGGUUUGUGCAAAACGUUGCUCACGCAACUCAAGAAGGACGGAUUGCCAGCGACAGAGCAGAUCGGGCAAAACUCUACUUCUGGCUCUGGACAGUAAAAAAAUGGACGUCGACGUCGACGUGUGAUUAUAGGCAGAUCCAGAUAUUACUAGAAUACCAAAGAAAGCUGUUGGAGUAUUAUCCAAGAAAUUCAACGAACAGUACUAGACGACAGGGCGCAAUCAAUCAAUCGUCGAAAAGAAAAGAGUCCAAAGUCUGGCGGUGGCGGAGCGCACGGAAUACAAAACUGCAAGCCGUCUUGGAGAAGGACCGUUUCGUUGUGCCGAGUUUCUAUCCAGGAAAAAACAACCAUCCCCAUUCA